UGCUGUGGGGCUGGUUCAGUGCAACAGUCUCUCUGCAUCUGCGCUACCCUCUGACUGCUCCACUCCGCGGUCUGUGAAUCACUAAUCAUGGGACAGCAGGGGAAAGGAUGGCUGUUCUACGCGACCCUUCUUCUGGGGUGGGCAGUGUCUGUGCAUGGUCUGACCCGGGCAGAGUUCUUCCCGUUCGGCAAAACCACUGGAGACCACGUUCUGGAACAAGGGAAUGAUCUGUCGCAACAACUAGCGCUGGAUAAACCCGUUUUAUUCUACGAUGGAAAGUUCGAUAACAUCUUUAUCAACACCAAUGGGUUCGUUGCCAUGGCAGAGCCCAGUGCUGAGUCCACAUACCUUGGUAAGAUGCCCGCCGGGUUCGGCAUGAUCGCGGCCCUGCACGGUGACCUGGAUACUGGUGACGGCGUGGGUAAGGUGUACUACCGUCAGGAUGCCAGCCCAGCCACCCUGCGGCAGGCUGCAGAGCAGAUUAACAGGGCUUUUCCAGAGGACGAUGAGGUGGAGCCGGAACACGCGGUGGUCGUCACCUGGGUCGAUGUGGCUUCCAGGCAACACCAUGACCACAGCAGAGGAGACGGACUGGAGAAACAGAGGAAUAGCUUCCAGCUGGUGAUAGCAUCAGCUGAGACGACCUCCUAUGCCAUCCUGCUCUACCCCAGGAAGGGGAUGCAGUUUGCCUCCACAGCUGUAGGAGGCAGUAGUCAGGCCAUGCAGGCGGGCUUCAGUAAAGGGCUUGUCAAGUACCUGGUGUUCAGCACCCGACAGGGACCGUACUACCGCAUCACCACCGAGAGGGAGACCUCUGUCAGGGCGCUAGCAGAGGAGACCAACUCAGGUAAGCGAGGUGUGUGGGUGUACGAGAUUGGGACUUCCCCUUACUUCACCAGCGUGGCCCCAGGAGAGGUGACAGACCUGCCCCCACACACAGGCCUGGAGUCAAGGGUCUCGGAGGAGGCUACCUCAAAGAGGUAUCCUGGAGGAGGACAACAAGUGACGUAUCCUCCCUACGAACCGGAGGAGGAGGUGUAUCGCAAGGAGCAGCCUCACCAGGGACCUCACCACGGGGGCCAGUUCACAGUCCACACGGUCCAGUACCAGCCUCAGGUGGUGGUAGUAGAUGAUGGAGACAUCAACGUGGAUGUGUUCUCCUACAACUCUGAAACAUGUGCCAACAACAGAAAUAAGUGUUCCACCUUCGCCGACUGUAAAGAUUACGCCAGCGGUUACUGUUGUCACUGCCGGCCCGGCUACUACGGCAACGGAAUACAGUGUGUGUCGGAGGGUAAGCCCCAGAGGAUGAACGGCAAGGUGAAUGGCAGGGUGUACGUGGGCAACUCUCCAUCUCCCGUCGAGUUCAACAGCAACGACCUGCACUCGUACGUGGUAGCCAAUGACGGGCGAGCAUACGUGGCCAUCAGCACCAUCCCUGCCAGGCUAGGCCCCUCCCUCCAGCCCCUGUCAGCCCUGGGAGCAGUCAUCGGAUGGGCCUUCGCCCUGGAGCAGCCUGGAUACAAGAACGGAUUCAGCAUCAUCGGUGGUGAGUUUACGUGUCAGGCUGAGGUGACCUUCCUACCAGCCCAGGAGAAGCUGACCAUCAAACAGGUGUUCAGUGGGAUAGAUGAGCAUGAUCACCUGGUGGUCAGUACCACUCUGGAGGGACGUGUCCCCGAAGUCCUCAGAGGAUCCACUGUCCAGAUAGAACCCUACUCUGAGAUCUACCAGUACAGCUCCAACAUGAUCACGUCUUCCUCUACAAGAGACUACACUGUGAGUCUGGAUGAUGGCUCUGCUGAGACCAGGACUUACCAGUGGAGACAGACCAUCACCUUCCAGAGCUGUCCAAAUGACGAGGCUGCAAGGGCCGUGCUGCCCACACAGAUGCUGAGUGUGGACCAGGUGUUUGUGAUGUACGACUCCAACAACGAGCUGAUCCGAUACGCCAUGAGCAACAAAAUCGGUGAUGUCAACGGAGGCCAGCAGGAAGUGGAGAAUUCCUGUUUCACCGGGAGACACGGCUGUGACACCAACGCUGUCUGUAGACCCGAACAGGGAACACAGUUCACCUGCCAGUGUGCUGCUGGCUUCACUGGAGACGGGCGCUCUUGUUACGAUAUUGAUGAGUGUAGAGAGAUCCCUCUGGCCUGUGGAGAACACUCAGUCUGCAACAACCAGCCCGGAACCUUCCGCUGUGAGUGUAAUGAUGGAUACCAGUUCGCCAGUGACGGGCACACCUGCAUAGGAGUGGACCGUCCAGUAGACCACUGCGCGGCCGGCAGCCAUGACUGUGACAUCACGGAGCGCGCUCACUGCAGCUACAGUGGAGGAUCCUCUUACAUCUGCUCCUGUUUGCCUGGGUUUCAGGGACACGGACGGGUCUGCCAAGAUAUCGAUGAGUGCCAGUCUGCCAGGUGCCACCAGAAGGCUGUGUGUUAUAACACCCAGGGGUCCUUUACCUGCCAGUGCAGGCCAGGUUACUACGGUGACGGCUUCUACUGCUCCUCAGAGCGUACGAAGUCGCAGUGUGAGACCCACAGGGACCGUCUCCUAGGCUCUACAGAGUACGGGCCCCAGCCGGUGCCUGGUCAGUACGUGCCUACCUGUGACGGCCAGGGAGCCUACGAGGCCUCCCAGUGCCACGGUUCCAUCGGACAUUGUUGGUGUGUUGACCGUAACGGACUGGAGAUCCCAGGAACACGCACUGGGCCAGGCAGAGGCAGACCACUGUGUAUAGAACAAGGACCAACAGUUCGUCCCGCAGUAGGCCCUACUCCCAGGCCAGAUGUUUACCCUCUACCCCCCGGCACACACCUGCUCUUUGCUCAGAGUGGACGCAUCGAGUUUGUCCCGUUGGAGGGCUACAACAUGAAGAAGACAGAGGCAAAGACUGUCCUGCAUCUACCGGAGAAGGUGAUCAUCGGGGUGGCCUAUGACUGUGUGGAGAAGAUGGUGUACUGGACAGACAUCACAUCCCCCUCUAUCAGCAAGGCCAACCUGCAGGGAGGAGGAGCCAUCCCUGUCAUCAGAUCAGAUUUGGAGAGUCCAGAAGGGAUCGCUAUAGACCAUCUGGGUCGUACCCUGUUCUGGACAGAUUCUAUGAAGGACCGCAUCGAGGUGGCCUCUCUGGAUGGGACCAAGCGACGUGUCCUCAUCGACACAAACUUGGUCAACCCCCGAGCCAUCAUCGUUGACCCUGUCAAUGGCAACAUGUACUGGGCAGACUGGAACCGUGAUGCUCCUAAAAUCGAGACUUCUGCCAUGGAUGGGACCAACAGGAGAGUUCUGGUGAAGGAUGACCUGGGGCUACCUAACGGACUCACGUACGACCCGCAGAGCUCUCAGCUGUGCUGGGCUGAUGCAGGAACCCACAUGAUGGAGUGUAUGAACCCAGUGCAGGGAGACAGGAGGAAGGUCAUGGGGGCCAUCCAGUACCCAUUUGGAAUCACCUCCCAUGGGAAGAACAUCUACUACACUGACUGGAGGAGGGAUGCAGUGAUCAUGGUGAAUCGUCAAGCUGGGACUGAAACGGACGUGUUCCUGCCUCAGAAACAGACCAGGCUAUACGGAAUCACCACGGCAUACGCUCAGUGCCCCUCAGGUAAAAACUACUGUGCCGUGAACAACGGAGGAUGCACACAUCUAUGUUUGGCCACACCCAGAGGUCGCUCCUGUCUGUGUCCCAACAAUGCACUGGGCGUCAGCUGUGUGGAGAGCGAGGGGGCAGGUUUUGAAGUGGAGAGGGAGGGGGCAGGUAUUGAGGUGGAGAGGGAGGGGGCCAGGUUUUGA